AUGGACGAUUUCUUCACUCCAGUCAGCACAACCUAUCUAAAGGCGAGGCCUGAGAAUGGCUUGCUACAGGAGUUGAACCCGAGCAAGACACCCAAAGAAAUCACAAAUGUUGACGAGAUUACGACCGUUGAAGUUGCUUUAGAAACUUUGAAAAACCAACCAGACUAUGACAUUCUCAUAGCUGUCUUGAGGUCUAUCGAUCACGGACACAUAUGCGCUUCAGGCUUCAGCAUCUCAACGCCAAGUCCUGAGGCUUCACAAAUCAUUCAAUGCAUCAUUUCGGAGAUUGUCCCUAAUUACUGGCCCCUGUUAAAAGAAGAUGCAUCUUCAGCCUCUGGGGUCCGCGAUUCCGGUAGUCUAGCCGACCUCGAGCUGCUGUUGAGGUGUUUGAGGAAUGUCACAGGUCUUAAUGCCGCCAUAACACGCUUGAAGGCGUUGGUUCAAGAGUGCAAGGCAAGCGCCAAAGAUGUUAAGCGACCAGACCUGGCGCUCAACUUAAACAUCCUCCUCGAGGUUUGCUCAGCCGUCCUGGGCAAAGACGACUAUCUUAACGCGCUGUGGGUUGCAAGCAGCACUGGCCUGAAUGUGGCAGCUAAAAGACGCCCAAUGGCCCACGAGUUUACCUCUCUGAUCGCCGGUGGACGGCUUGUGUCGGUCGCAGCUGAAGCAGAUGCUACUGCCAACCCAGAUAGAACGGCAGGGAGGAACCACUGGAUUGCGGACGGACAGCAGUACAGCAAGUGGCUUGGAAGAAGCAUCGAAUACUGGGCUAAAUGUGAUAUUUCGUCAGAUGAUGUCAAACUUUGUACUGAAAUCUUUACUAGAGCUCUUCGCCUGGGCUACUCUGACAGUCUCCUGAAACAGUCUGUUCAAGAUAUGUUGCUCGGCCAAGAGGAUAGUCGCAAAGCCUUUUUUAAACUGUUUGGUCAAUUCUCCCAAUUAGAACAGAAACGGGUUAUCUUUGCGGUGCUGAAGCACCUGUCUGAAGUGUUUCUUAAUGGUCUGGAUGAAGCCGAGAAUCCAGAACCCAACUCGACUAUAUCUGCCGCUGCUGGUGUCAUCGACAGACUGAUCUCAAACGAAGAGAAUCGGAAAACUCACCUGAUCUCUUGGUUGACCAGUUCAACUGGUGCCGGUCUCGGCGACGGUAUCGGCAUCAGGCGUGCGGUGUUGGCUGCAUUAGCACAGGAUAAGGAGUGCAUCAAUCUGGUACUCGAAAAAAGCAUUACCCAGUUUGGUGACCAACUUUACAUUAAGCAUUCCCCGGUACUGCAACAGCAAGCCCACGCUCAAGUUUUGCUUCUAAGUGCUGGCUACGUCAGCAAGUUAUCACCCUUGAAACUUAAAAUUUUGAUGCGGUCUGCCAGCUAUCUGAACGCCAUAUCUAACAGAAUCGGCGCCUCUCAAGAAAAAGCCAGGUUCCUGGGAUUGGCAGUGGGCGAGACGCUUUCGAGCCUUAUCGACGGUAACGAGAAGCGACUAGACUUCAAGAUGGAGGAAAUGGGAAGCGAUGAAGCCCGGUUUUACAAGGACCUGGUCAGAGUAACGGACCAGGUCGGUCCUAUUGACUCCCUUAUUACGAAUACCGUGGUAGAAAACGAGAAGAAUGAAGCGCCGAUAACAAACCCAUUUCGAUCGAAACCCGCAGCAAAGCCGAAUAAGCAACCAGCUGCUGCUUCAUCUAAAUUCAUCAUCCAGGAGGUUACCGACUCUGAGAGCGAAGAUGAAGAUCUUGUUCCCUAUGCCAAGCCUAUUGACGACCCAGAAGACUCGGAUGAGGAUCCGACACUCCUUCGUCGGGACAAGCCCAAGGCUCCUGUAUAUAUCCGAGACCUCAUCGCAUACCUCCGUGAUACAGACAACUACGAUAAGCAAAAGUUGGCUUUGGCCACUGCUCCGCUUCUGAUUCGCCGCAAAGCAAACUUUGGAACAGAAGUCACUUCUCAUGCUGAAGAGUUGGCCACACUUCUCGUCGGGUUGCAAGACAAGUUCGAGAUUGGAGAUUUCUGGAGUCUUCGCCUUCAGGGCAUGACGGCUAUUAUUGUCGCGCAGCCAAAGAAGAUGGGACAGUGGUUUGCGAAGACCUUUUUUGACGGCGACUACUCCGUCUCCCAGCGUGCCUCGAUCCUCAUCAUUCUUGGCCUCAGCGCCCGCGAGCUCGCCGGAUUUGACAUUUCAGAUUACAAGGCUGCAGCAUCCUUCCCCUCUAAACGACUUCCUGACAAGAUGGAGGCCCUUUACCUCGACCCCUCCACUGCAUCAAACCGGCUCUCUUCUUCGGCAACUUUGAAGGCCCUACCCUCCAAUGCUCUCGAUAGCAUAGCUAGCUCUCUAACAUCCGCGUUCAUGGCCCCCAUUGCCGCAAACGCCGCAGACGCAACAACCGGCCCUGACGCUCUUAAACUCUCAUCUUUUACCUCUCGUCUUCAGAGCAGAACUUCGAACAAGAGGACUGGCCUCCAUUCCAUACCCAACACCACAGCCUCGGUGUUAAGCACAUCCUUUUUCUUUCCCCUGACCGCACGCCUCCAACAUGCCCUGCGAUCGCAUUCCGCUCGCUCGGGUGUCUUCAUCCAGUCAUACCUCCUAUCUCUCUAUCUGAAGACUCUAGCCGUGCUGAUUCACUCGGCCGGCCCCGCGACACUAGCCCUUUCGCAAAUGACUGCUGAGCUGUGGGACUUGCUUCUAGGCGUGCGUGCCCAUGUUUCGGGCGACGUUCCAGGGACAUAUGCGCUUCUUGUUGCACUGGCAGCGAUGUUGGAAGUAAAUGAGGCGACGGAUAUGCGGCGACUUUGUGAGGCACACCCACGCGAGAUCGUUGAGACGCAGGAGUGGGUAAGCGGCAUUUUCAAUGGUACACGCGGCGACGACGGUGGAGAGGAAAACGACGUUAAGAUGCUUGCUGCUGCGGUGCUCAUCAAGUUGCAGGAGGCGACGGAGAAGUAUCGUGCCUUGUUGUUAGGUGACAUGAUCGGGUUCUCAUAG